ACGGAAAUUCCUUAUUGAUUAUUACAUUUGUGUGGACUUGUGUGGACGCAUCUCUUGUACCUGAAUGAGAGGGAAAAUAGAGUUUUCUCAUUAACGCGCUUAGGAUUUUUAAACGAAACCUUUCUCGCCAAAGACAGUAUAUUCCGCGAUGAAUCCCUCAGAGCCAAGCGGCACCGAGACUCUCAGGUACAAUGAGUUCACAUUGGAUGACACUGACAUAAGCUCUAAGAUGAAAGACGUGAUUGACGUUCUCGCGAUGCAGCGCGAGAAAAGGAAUACAUUACAAAAGAGUAUUACGAUCGAUUAUACCAAAUCCAGCGACAGUUUCACAGUUUCUCGAUUUAUCUUCGAGUGCGGUUUGAAAUUGGAGGCUCACCCAUUGACGAUAGCUACUGCUGCAACAUUAUAUCACAGAUUUAUUAAAGAAGCGACGGCACAGGGAUAUGAUAAUUAUCUCAUAGCUGCAACUUGCCUUUAUCUGGCUGGUAAAGUAAAGGACGAUACGCUGAAGAUAAGAGACGUAAUGAAUGUAUCUUACAACACGCUUCACAGAGGUUCUCAGCCGCUCGAUCUUGGCGAUCAGUAUUGGAGUAUGAGGGAUGCAAUCGUACAAGCUGAACUUCUGAUCAUGAGGAUGCUCAAGUUUCAAGUCACGCCUGUGCAUCCGCACAAGUACAUGCUUCAUUAUCUGCGAUCUUUGCAAGCUUGGUUUGGUGAAGAGGAGUGGUCCAAGUAUCCGGUCGCCAAAACUAGCAUGGCACUGCUACAAGACUUUCAUCAUUCCCCAGCUAUUCUCGACUAUCCACCGAACUUAACAGCGAUAGCUUGUAUCAACUUGUCAUUACAAAUUUAUGGCGUGGUCGUACCUCUAAUGGACGAGUGUGAUCAACAGCCGUGGUUCAAUGUUUUCUGCAAAGAUUUAGCGAGGGAUAAGUUAUGGGAAAUUAUGGAAAAAAUCAUGGCGGCAUAUGAUGACGAACCUGAAACGAGAGACAAUUAAUAAGCGCGUAUCUGUACCUAUUACAAUAAUAAAGCACUUUCCGUACAUUACAAACUAUGGCAGUUGCUUUAUAUACACUUUUUUAAUUAUGAGCCGUAUUCAGCGAAUUUUUCUAAAUUAUUCGAUCAAUAGAAAAAUUUAGAAAACUUUAUUUUACAAUACUCGAG